GCCAACGCCCUGUCCAAUGACCUGUGGCAACCGCUGCUAAAGGAGCUCGACACGCAUGGACGCGCAAGGAUACGCAACAGCUCACUGCUGGACUGUGACACCCCCAAGGCACCUCGGCCACCCAGCUGGCGGCAUCUAGCGCUCGCUGCGUUUUAUCCGUAGCCCUACGCUGCACGCUGCACGCUGCCCACGCGACUUUUAGCUGCGCGCAAUUUGCCGUGCCGCAGUUGUGCAUUUCGCUGGCAUACACAGUCAGUCACGUGCCUUACAUCGCAGUCGCCCAGAGCCUUGCACCGUAAAGCUUGCAGACCCUAGUACGCGCUUGUUUGUACCGCGGAACGCGCUUCGCAAACCAUGGACGACAUCUUGCAGGCGCAGUUCGACCGCGUAGAGCAGGCCUUGGGCACCUUGGUUGACUCCAUCGCGUCAUACAACCCGAAUCCUCAGGCAGCAAUCGACCUUGUUGCCGCCGACGACGGGCUCAGUCAUGGUCUUGACCAGCUCGCCAGGCACCAGGCAAAUCAUGCACGCCUGCACGCCCUUCGUACGGAAGCUGAUACGUUAGAAGAGCAGCUCAAAUCGUCUGUAGCAGCUUUGGCGGGCUUGCGCAAAGAGCUCUCUGAGACGCCGGCGACGAUAUUUCCUGACAAUUCACGCCAUGUGCCAUUCGAUGAGCUGCUCCAAUACGCAAAGAGCAUCUCUAAAUACACCGUCCCACCAACCUUCCGCGAACGUGUACCUGAUGCGAACAGCGCUACGAGUAAAGACAAGGAAGCCGAUGAAGCUUCGGCCAGCGCACCAGCGACAAACGGCUUGAGCACGCCCACGACCGCAACAGCUCCCGUCGAUCCAUCCAAAGACAGCACAGAAGCACAAAAGGAUGACGAAGAGACAGGCGCGGCAGUGCCGGAAAUAACCGCAGAGGAGGAAGAAUGGCUGAAGAAGCUCAAGGAUGGUGGUUUUGCAUGGUAUCCCUGGCCAGACAGUGAUAAAAUCCGACGGGGCAACCUCUGGAAACUCUACCACUACCGCGAACAGGGUCGCAAUCUAGACGACUUCAACAUUGAGGCAUACGAGGAAGAGGAGAGGAAGAAAUUCUCGGAUGACGUGCCGCCUCAGGCGCCAGAGGAAGUACAGCCAGAGCCGCAGCUCCUGGAUCAAAGGCCUCAGCAGCAGCCGCCGGCUCAAGCUGUCCCGGCGGCUCCAGCGAGAGCUGGGUUCACACUGUUUGAUGACAUGGAGUCAGACGAUGAAUGAUGGCGGACGAUCAAGUGUCAUAUGUUGAUUUCAUGGUUACAGCUAUGCAACUUACAAUCAAGUAGAAUUAGCUCACACCGGAUCGUUGAACAUGCGUGCCGUUGACGCAAGUGAAAUUUUGGGUUCCUUCGUGUUGACUACAGCACUUCACAUGAACAGUUAAAGUGAGAACCACGCAGAGCGUAGCGACAGGGAACGU